AUGAAACAUUUUCUCGAAGUAUAUAAUUCCUCAACACACUCUACAACAGGACAUACACCAAAUUCAAUGACACAACAACAAGAAGAAAAGUAUAUACAAAAGAAACGAAGUCAAACACAAAAUAUCAGAAAUUCAACACAAUUUACCCUCAUUCCUGGUACAAAAGUUCGUGUAGUUCUUGACGACAAACCGUUGACAAAGAAACGUUUAAGGUUAAGUAGAAACUAUUAUAUCGUAGACUCUACGCAAGGUAAUGGAUAUCUUAUAAAAGCUGCUGACGACUCUAUUGCGUUUUACCCUCGUCAUAAAUUAGUCGAAAGUAGUAAUGGCAAACUUGCUGAAACCAUUGACGAAGCAAAGCGA